AUGAGGUUGGACUUGCGGGACCUGCGGAAACACACGCAUUAUUACGGAGGGUUCCAUGACAAGCAUCGAGUGAUUGCCUGGCUGUGGGCUGUGUUGGAACGGGAUUUCUCGGAGUCUGAACGCCGGUUGUUCCUCAAGUUUGUGACUUCAUGCAGCUGCCCGCCGCUUUUGGGCUUCUCGCAGCUGGAUCCUCCAUUCAGCAUUCGCUGCGUAGAAGUUGGGGAAGACGAGGACACGGGCGACACGAUCGGCAGUGUCCUGCGGGGGUUUUUCACGAUCCCGCGUCGAGGAUCCAACCGGGUUGGCGGGGAAAGUCGUAAUGCCGUGUCAUCUGCGGGGAGUGCUUCUGCCGCUGUGCGGCUCCCGACGUCCUCAACGUGUUUCAACCUCCUCAAGUUGCCCAACUACCACAAGAAGGCAACGUUGCGUGACAAAUUGCGGUAUGCGAUCCACAGUAACACUGGAUUUGAGCUGUCGUGAUCCCUCGUCGGUGUGGCGAACAGGAUUAUUGUCAUUAUUUUUUUGUUUUCGGAGGAAUUGUGAUGAUGAAUGAAGUUUUCUCUCUUUUACUACCGCUCUUGCCUAAAGUCCCUCUGAAUCCGCCGCCGCCUUUGCGAAUCCUGUCUUUUAUUUCAACGCCUGGCAUAGUCAUUCCUUCUUGUGUACAGUACCAUCAUUUCAGCUAUGUCCGUUUCCGGGAAAAGCUGUUUUAAAUAAUGCCUAAGGUGUUUAAUUCGAUGCUCUUGACAAUGAUUGUGAUUGUGUUCGACUUGGUCUCUGUCGCGUCUCGGAAUUUCUAUUGAUACACUAACCUUGUAUUCUCUUAUCACUCUCAGACUGUAGAUUGAGGAAGGAUACGAUUGACUGGUGUAGGGGUUGUAGACGGGGUGGGAGGAUGGACGUGCCUGCGGGCACUGGAGUGAAGCGUCGAGUGUCGGAAGAUGUUGAAAUGGCCGAGGGUAUCGGCAACUUUAAUCCGUCGUGCUCAUUUGCGGGCCAGUUGGCACCUCCUACGAAGCGUCUUGUCACUGACAGCAAUGAUUCCUCCGACAUGGAUGAUCCCGAUCACCAGGAGCGCUGCAGGGUUGAUCCCUGGGACCACGAAUUCCAAGUUGCUGGGAAGAAGCACGUCAUUUUUGGAUUGAAAUCGGAUACGGAGAAAAGCAGUGGCGAACGCUGGUUCUUCGGUGACGUAUCGGAUUGCGGGGACGAUGAACUCGACGACCUGUUCGUUUUGCCGAUUCCAGACACCCUCAAAUGUGUUUAUUGCAAAUUGGACACGACGGGACGCUACGGCUCGUGCCGUAAGUGCUACAGCGAGUGGAAGGUUAGGUUCGGAGGACCUCCGCGUAUGAAGAAAAGGCCUGCCCCGGACCCACACGCAACCCUGGGAGUGCCACCGGAAGAGCUUUGCGUCGUAUGCAUGCUGGAGCGUAAAUGCCUGGUGCUGGUGCACGGGCGAACGGCCCACGAGUGUGUUUGCUACGACUGUGCUUCGCGUCUCGUUGCCCGUCCGAUCCCCAAGCGUCGCUGCCCCGUCUGUCGCAAGAUAUUCACGAGCGUCAAGGCGAACGUCAACAGCGUCAGACCCAAGUGAUACGUCGACAUCUGCAUCACCUCGUCAUCGCUUUUCUUUUCUCUCUCUCUCGGUUUUUCUUUUUUAUUAUAGUGGAGGAGAGUACAGUACUGUAAAAGUGACUUACGUUUCCAUUGCCAUGAUGAUCUGCAAGUGUCUUUCUCGCCUGGGAGCGAGGGAUAAUUUUGUGUGUGCGAUGGCGCGAGGGAAGUUGGCGCGGGCACCAGUGAACAGUGAGAGCAAGGAUGUUCAGAUUGAACAACGAAUGUGAUGAAACGAGAAAUGAAUGAACCCUUGAAUGCGAGCGACGGGAACA